AUGGUUAAACACAAUAACGUGGUUCCCAAUGCACACUUUCAUAAGGAUUGGCAAAGCUACGUUAAGACUUGGUUCAACCAGCCUGCACGCAAGCAGCGCCGUCGUAAAGCAAGAAGUCUUAAGCUUGCCCAAUCAGCUCCAGUCCCUCUUAAGACUUUAAGGCCAAUUGUUCAGGGCCAGACCAUUAGAUAUUGCUCUAAAUCUAAAACAGGGCGUGGAUUUUCACUCGAGGAACUCAGAGGGGCUAAUUUAACUGCUCAAUUUGCCAGAUCGAUUGGAAUUAAAGUGGAUCAUAGAAGAAGAAACAAGAGUGCUGAAACUUUGCAGAGAAAUGUGCAGAGAUUGGAGCUCUUCAAGUCAAAGCUCACACUUUACCCACUCAAAGCUGGUAAACCAAAGAAAGGGCAGGUAAAUGAUGCAGUAAGUUCUUAA